AAAGCCCCGACACGAACCACCAAUCCUUCUCUCCAAAUCUUUAAUUCAAAUGGCUACAGCUUUUUCCGACCAAUUUUUCCGGCCAAGUUCCGACUUGGGUGUCAGAUCACGACGACCAACUUCCCCAAAACCUGGCCGACUUUCAAUCCCCCCUCUCUAUAGAACUCCCAAAAAUGGAAACAUAACGGUCAAAAACCGUCACAAUUUCAAGUGGGCCCCUAGACUAAGCCUAGUGGACCAAAGCCCACAAAAAUCGACCGUUGAUGCAGGUGAGCUCGUGGACUUCUUGUACCAAGAUCUCCCCCAUCUCUUUGACGAUCAAGGCAUCGACCGUACAAUGUAUGACGAUCGUGUCAGGUUCCGGGACCCAAUCACCAAGCACGAUUCCAUCGAUGGGUACCUGUUCAAUAUAAAGCUCUUGAAGCUGUUAUUCCAGCCAGAUUUUCAGUUGCACCAUGUGAAACAGUCAGGACCUGAUGAAAUUACAACUAGGUGGACUAUGGUAAUGAGGUUUGCUCUUCUUCCCUGGAAGCCAGAGUUGGUCUUCACCGGAAUUUCUGUCAUGGGCGUCAACCCCCAGACUCAGAAGUUCUGCAGCCAUGUUGAUCUGUGGGACUCCAUAAAGAAAAACGAUUAUUUUUCUCUCGAAGGUUUGUGUGAUGUCUUUAAGCAGCUGCGUAUUUACAAGACUCCCGACCUGGAAUCACCCAAGUAUCAGAUACUGAAAAGGACUGCAAAUUAUGAGGUACGCAAGUAUGCUCCAUUUGUGGUCGUAGAGACAAAAGGAGACAAGCUUUCUGGUUCAGCUGGCUUUAACGAUGUUGCCGGGUAUAUAUUCGGCAAGAAUUCCUCAGCGGAAAAGAUCCCAAUGACCACCCCCGUCUUUACUCAGGCCAUUGAUUCUGAACUAUCCACGGUAUCGAUUCAGAUCGUUCUGCCAUCGGAGAAGGAGUUGGACAAUUUGCCAGAUCCCAGUCAGGAAGCUGUUAGGUUGAGAAUGGUGGAAGGAGGCAUUGCUGCAGCACUAAAAUUCAGUGGAAAACCAGCUGAGGACAUUGUCAUCGAAAAGGAGAAAAUGCUGCGGUCUGCACUUCUUAGAGAUGGUCUAAAGCCUCAACAGGGCUGUUUGCUUGCUCGGUACAAUGACCCCGGCCGGACAUGGAGCUUUCUAAUGAGGAAUGAGGUACUGAUAUCGCUGGAAGAUUUCAAAUUGGAUUAGCACAAACCAAACAUGACUACCAUUGAAGAUAAACCACAUGGAUAUGGUGAUGGAUCCAAUUCAGAAGAACAAAACAAGUAUAUUCGAGAGCUUUUUUCUUCCCUUUUUUCAAUGUAUUAUUGAUAAUUCAUCAUUUGCAAUUUGGGCUGGCAAUGAGUGGGCCUGAGCCAGGCAAAAUCCAUAUUUUGAAUAGGCUCGGCCCAGUAAGCCUGCCCAACCAGUUCAAAUCCAAGUCCGAGGCCCGCCCAUUGCCCUGACUAUUUGCAAUAUCACGUUGUAUAAUAUAGUGAAAUUCAUCUGUUCUUGGUGCAAAUGUAUAGGGUGCGAUGGUGUAUGUUGUUAUUUUAUUUUAUUUUUUCACUUUAUUUUGUUACUUCCCAAGAUGAUCCAUUACAAAGUAAGCAUCCGGUCUGCCCAAAUUUUU